GCCUUGGGGUCACAGGUGGCCUCAGGGUGGUCAGUGGCCUCAGGUCAUUGGUGGCCUCGGGGUCAUUGGUGGCCCUGGGUGGUCCCAGGUGGCCCCAGGGCCAUUGGUGGCCCCAGGGUGGUCAGUGGCCCAGGGGUCACAGGUGGCCCUGGGUGGGCCCGGCUGGCCCUGGGCUCCUUGGUGGCCUCACCAUGGCCACGGUGCCACUGCCCGCUGGUGCUGGCACGUGCCAUCAGCCCCAGGCCGGAGCUGGGGACACGCGGUGGUGGCCCUGUGGCUGUCCCCGUGUCCCCCUGUCCCCGUGUCCCCCUGUCUCUGUGUCCCUGUCCUCAUGCUGCACUGUCCCCAGGUGUUCCCCAAGUUCCCCUCGCCCUCUCCCUCCCCCUGCUGUCCCAGGUGUCCCCAGGUGUCCCUGUCCCCACUCUGCACUGUCCCCAGGUGUCCCCAUGUCCCUGCUGUUGGCAGGUGUUCCCUUGUCCCCAGGUGUCCCCAUGUCCCUGUCCCAUGCCACGCUGUCCCCAGGUGUUCCCCUGUCCCCAGGUGUCCCCAAGUAUCCCCAGCUGUCCCUGUCCCCACUGUGCGCUGUCCCCAGGUGUUCCCUUGUCCCUGUCCCCGUCCCUCACACUGCUGUCCCCAGGUGUUCCCCCUGUCCCCAGGUGUCCCCAGAUGUCCCCCUGUCCCCAGGUGUCCCCGUCCCUCACGCUGCUGUCCCCAGGUGUCCCCAGGUGUCCCCAGGUGUCCCCGUGUCCCCGUCCCACACGUGCUGUCCCCAGCUGUCCCCAGGUGUUCCCCCUGUCCCCAGGUGUCCCCAUCCCUCACGCUGCUGUCCCCAGGUGUUCCCCUGUCCCCAGGUGUCCCCAGGUGUCCCCAGCUGUCCCCGUCCCUCACGCUGCUGUCCCCAGGUGUUCCCCACGCUGCUCGGGGACAUGGACAGCUGUGGCAGCCUCAACGCCCAGGCCGUGCAGCUGCUGGGCGAGCGCCUGCGCGCCAAGGCCGUGUUCCAGGUGAGCCGGGGGUGCCACCCCCACGCCGGCCCUGUCCCCGCGUGUCCCCGCUGCCAGCGCCGCUGUCCCCGUCCCCAGACGCCACCAGGCCAAGUUCGUGACGUGGCAGUUCGACGGCGAGUACCGCGGCGAGGACUGCACGGCCACGCUCACGCUGGGCAACCCCGACCUGCUGGGCGGCUCCGUGAUCGUGGUGGCACACUUCCUGCAGAGCGUCACCGCCCGCCUGGUGCUGGGCGGGGAGCUGGUGUACCACCGGCGGCCCGGCGAGGAGGGAGCCAUCCUCACCCUGGCCGGGAAGUACUCGGCCCCGCACUGGGUGACGACGCUCAACGUGGGCUACGGCGGCGCCCACGCCAGCUACUACCACCGGGCCAACGAGCAGGGCUCCUGGACAGCAAUUGGAGCGUGGGGGGCGUCUUGGAGAAGAAGCUGCCGCCCCUGCCCGUGACGCUGGCGCUGGGCGCCUUCCUGAACCACUGGAGGAGCCGCUUCCACUGCGGCUUCAGCGUCACCGUGGGCUGAGGGACGGGGGACAGCAGGGACAGGACAGGGGACAGGACAGGGGACAGGAGAGAGGGAACAGGACAGCAGGGACAGGACAGCACAGGGGACAGCAGGGACAGGACAGAGGGGACAGCACAGGGGAGACUGGACAGU